AUGUCAAGCGAAGGGUCGAGUUCAAGUACAAAGCAACUGCCCAAGAAAAAACGUGUUGUAUCUUCGCAAUUAAGACUUUCCAAAGUAGAUCAAACAACUAAUGAUGAUUCCAAAGGUUCAUCUCCUACCUCCCCUCAUGUUAGGACAGAAUUACCAGACCUUAUACCCCAGAAACGUCCACCAAACAAACCUAUAAUCCGUACUGUAUCACCCAAGACUUAUAAUGAUUUUGACAUUGAUUUGACUUCCUUGGAUACUUCCACUACGCAAGUUUCUUCUUUACCACCCCUGACGGAGGAUGGCCAGCAUUAUUUGGAAGAAAGUCAUGGUGAUGAGAAACAUCAUGAAGUGACAAAAGCAGAGCUCAAGAAAGCAAGCGAAUUGACAUCGAUUUUUUUGGAUACGAGGAAAUUGCUAAGCGUUGAGAGAAACGUUGUUGACCCAACAUCUGAAACUCCAGAGAAAUUGCAGCAAGAUAGUUUGUCAAACAUUAAGAUUUCAAGAGGAACACUUAUUAGAGCCGAAAAAGUGAAGACCACUUUAGCUGUUAAGUAUCUUUAUAUCCAGAGAACAUAUGAGUGGAAUGAACAGCAUAAGGAUACAAAUGAACAUCCCGGAGUUGAAGGAGUUUACAAUCCUAUUCAAAUUAUAAGAAAUCGAAAGAUCAGAAACAAAUAUAAUGAACAUCCGCAACCAUUAAUCCAUAUGAAAACUAUUCCUUUGGCUUGUAAUGUUUUUAGUCUGCAUAAUGCUGAAGCAAAAUAUGAUGGUUCUGCUGGACGGAAAAGAAAACAUUGGAAAAUGAUGUGGGCAAUUGAUUUAAAUGAAUUUGUUGGAGAUCCUAGAUGGAGAGUUAAUCAUUGGAACGAGCUUAAAGAUCCUCAUGGCAAUUUAUGGUUUCCAAAUUUAACACCAGACGAAGACGAAGAGCAGCAUUCACAUUCUCAAUCAGCUGGCUCUAGUAAGAAAAAGAUUUUCACUUUGAAAAGUAAACAUGGCGAUAAAUUAACAGAUGAGGAUCUGUCACAGGCAGAACAUGAAUAUGAUGAAUUUAGUGGAAUUAAGUUGAGAAAUCAUAACCGGAAAAUUUCCAUGGAAGCAGGUUCAAGUUCAGAUACCGAUUUGCAUAAUUUUAAAAUCACUCGUUCAAAAUCACCAAAGAGACAUAAAAUUAGAAAUAAAAUGAAGAAAUUCUAUGCUGGUGGUAGUAAUGGAUCUAGUGGCGGAGGAGGAAAUGGUGGUGGUGGUGGGGAUUCUUCAAGUUCAUCUAAUGCUAUCAAUGAAUUCUCAACCACAGAGGAAAGACAGGCUUAUGCUGAAAAACAGGUUGCAUCAGAAAGGCAAGAAAUGAAUGACAAUGAUCCAUUGGCAAAACAGUUUUUCAAAAGACUUACCCCACCAACAUUUGAAGAUUCUGAUUCAAUGCCUUCAGAGUUAGCUUUACCACAGAUUCGUGUAGAGCCUACAACACCAACGUCUAAGUUUGAUGAAGAUGAUGAAAUGCCGGACAUUAACAUGAAACAAUCAGUACUGCAGGUUGAAUUUAUACCAUCAGAUAAACGUGGAAGCUCAGAAUUACAUACACAUGCUCAUUCUAGUUCCGAAGGCACAGCUAGUGGCAGUGCUAUUACUGGAGAAGACGAGACAGGUGAUGGUGAUUUACAGACACCCAGUGAAGAUAAUCUGGAAGUAGUAAAGGCAAAGUGUGAUGAAAUUUUUGAUGAACGUGAAUUGAUAUUUCAAAAUAUUGCAUUGAAUUUAGAAUAUUUUCAACAAUAUGUCAAUCUUAGGUCACAAUAUUUACUUACUGUUUAUCCUAAUUAUCUUGAAGUUGUGGACAAAAAAGUCCAACAAGUGACUCGAAUUUCCGUUUAUGAUAUUUUAACAACUAUAUCCAAAAUCAAUGAUGAUUACAUUCCAGCAUAUGAAGAUUUAUAUGCUGGAUUUAUGGAAGAGAUAAAAUCGGUAAUCCAUAUGGUUAAUGAUGUGUAUUCGAUCAAGAUUGAUACUUUGUUGAGUGCAAGUGACAGAUCAAUUUCAGAAAUCAAUGCUUCAUUGUCUUUAGAUUUAAGAAAAAUAACAGAAAGAUUGGAUUAUUUGGAUCAAUCAAUAAGUGCAAAUGUUUUCCAUGGUACAUUACUGAAAAAGAAGAGCAUUAGUAAUGUGGGUUGGAUAUAUAAAGUUCUUUAUUCAUGUCUUGAAAAUUUUAUAAUUAUUGCUUUAAGAGCUAUUUGGAUAGUUGUUAAUAUUUACAAAGCUUUUAAAUAUGUCGUUCUUUUACUUUGGAAGUUUGUUAAAUUUAUAUUUUGGUAA